CCUGGACAUCAGUACUGACGCAUACAAGUAGGUAUAUGUCACUCCUAGUCAUUGGAAGCUCCACUUCUGGAGAAGAUAAUCAGCUACAUAGAACAACACGACAUGGAACAGCCACUAGACCUUUGUUUGCGGACAAGUAAAGUGAAGAGUAACACGUCCUGCUACCAAGAAGAUGUUAAAUCUGCAAAACAUUCGUUGGGCGUCACUAAGGUGACAGGAUAUGAAAUUGAGGAUAACGAAAAAAUGGUACAGAGAUGGUUGCAGCAUAUGCCGACGGAUAGAAUGGUAUUGUCCGAAUACAGUCCAUAUAUCCAGGCGAAAUCUACUGUAAGAGGGGCAACCCUCGUGCCAAGUGGGGUGUCCACCGGUACAGACAUCUCCGUCAGCCUAUACAACAAGGCGUUAUGGCGGAAUUUCAGUCAAGAGGGAACAGAAAUGAUUAUAAACAGGUCUGGAAGACUGAUGUACCCACGUGUGGAGAUUACUAUUGAAGGACUUAAUACGUACGAUAUGUACAGCGUCGAGAUGGUCGUGAUCCCGGUUGAUGACAGACGAUACAAGUAUAAGGACAACAUUUGGUCAGCUGUUGGCAAAUCAGAGGUACAUCACCCGAUCACUCCCUAUAAACACCCUACGUCACCUGCCGUAGGAUCCUACUGGGCAAAGGACCACCUCUCGUUCGGACAGGCGAAGCUCUCAAACCAUUUAGGACCAAAUAAGAUUUGUCUCCAGUCAAUGCAUAAGUAUAUGGUACAGAUUAAUGUGAUCCAUCAUAGCAGGGACGAUCACUUACACUCCUUCAUGCUCCCCGGCACAGAGUUCAUAGCACUCACUGCAUACCUCAACGAAAAGAUCACACACCUCAAAAUUUCCCAUAAUCCGUUUGCGAGAGCGUUCAAGAACAAAAAAACUUCAGACGAAGAUUCCGACUGCGAACAAGAAAAGAAAAAAAUCUUAAGUACAGUUUAAACACCGAGUUCCUGGAGAGAAGGGUCCGUCCUUGGUAGUUCGCCUCCAUGAAUAUACCUAGUAAUAUACCUAGUAAUAUACCUAGUAAUAUCAUCUAAUCUCUGCUGUCAAGUCUCAAGUAUUUGCAAACAAUAAUAACUCAUCUUGCUGUGGUCAUCACUCCAUUCUACAAAACGGCUGAAGAACAUUUUCUUAUUCUUAUUAUUAUUUUUAAUCUGUGUUGUAUUCUAAUGAUGUCGUCAGGUUUUUUAUAACACACUUAUAUUUUCUUAAAUCAACGCACUAAAAACAGUCUAUUGAUCGUGAAUUGUCAAUCGAAUCUGAUAUUCCAGAUUAGUCUCGAUUAUUUCAUCUAUUUCCAAAACUGAAAACAGCCUAUUUCAGGCACCCUAACCCUAACAUGCAGUGGAUGACUUUCUGAAUAGCCAAGAAAAGGAAAUCUGUCAAAGUGGGUAAAAUGGCAAAAGUGUAUAGAUACUGAAGGGGAUUAUGUUGAAAAAUAAUACAAUAUGUCCGGCAAAAUUCAAAUCCUUCAAUAUGAGGCUCAUAAACUUAUCAAUCAGCCCUCGUAGCAACGUAUGUACAUGUAUGCCCUGUAUACAAUUCUCUACACUAUGUCAGUUUACGAGAAAUCAUUGUCAAUUUUAACAGGGACGUAUUAUAAGAUGACAGGUCCCUAUUUCGAUAAACAUUAUUCAGAAUAGCAGCAGCUUUUGUCACUACAAUUGUAUUUGAUUUGUAUUUCGUAACUAUAUGUAUAUGGAAUGUGUUAGUAUUUCUUUGGCGUAGAAUAACGUUUGUUAUUGAAAAUAAAUCGUAUCGAUUUUCUGUUAUUUAUUGCAAUAAAUUUUCUUUAUUGAU